AAAAAGUUAAAUUACAUUAAUUUAAAUAAGUGCGCGCUUUUUUGACUCUUAUUUUGGGUAUCAGGUUGGUAGCAAUGUUGGUAGCAGUUGUAUUAUAGUAAACGACAGGGCACAGGUUCAGAUUGUUACAAGCAAAGACAAAGUCAGUGGAUGAUUAUGUUAUUGAAAAAUCAAUGAUAAAAGUUCUUGUUAAAAAUUAUAAUUAAAGUGCAUAAUUAAACUGAAGUAUCCAUUACGCGACUGUGCAAUCAGGUAAUAUGUUAUUAUAUAUAAUAUUUAUGGUUUUCUUUUGGUGCCACCGAUUAUAAAAGUUAAGCAAUGCACACGUUCAGAAAACUUUUUUGUGUUUAACCCAGUCAUUUUACGAACCAUAUUGUCUGUGAUUUUGUGUUUCAAUAUUUUAUGAGGCAUUUACUAUAAGGCAUAUUCAAAUGUUUAAAAAUUUUCGUAUAAAAGAAUAUUUCUGAAAAAAUAAGUUCCGAUCGCAAACAUAACCUUAAAUUAACAAGUGGUUAUCUUAGAUACUGGGUAUUAACUAAAUUUUGAUUUUACGUUUGAUUUUAUUAAUAGAAUGACUUCUCAAUUGCUAAAAAAAGAGAGAAAAUAUACUCUCAUAAAGUUUGUUUACGAGGAUGAGCAAAGUAAAAAUGAAAAAUCAGAAAUAGAAACAGUUCCUAACACUUGGAUUGGUUUCGAUUUAACAAGGCACCAAUUGAUCUCAAAAUUCAUGCCGCCGCCAUACACUUCAAAAAGAUUAAAAGUGCUGCGAGAAAUUGUUAAACAAUGUAAGGAACCAAUUAGUGAUUGGCCUAGUUAUGAUAUUGACAUAAGAGGAUAUGCAAAAAGCUAUGAGGAAGCUGAAGUUCAAAUCCGAAAACUGACUGUACAACCUUACUGUUUCACAACUGAUGAAAAUGAAACGCCAAGUGCAAUUUCGGAACGAAUAAAAAAAAUGCAUGAAAGUCAGAAAUCAGAAACACUUCCAAAAAAAGAUGCCGAAGAUCUAUUAAAAAUAUCUUCAUUAGAUGAAGAAGUGAGUGACGAUGAAUCGAAUUCCUGCAAUCAAUCAAAAACUUCGGAAGGUGGUCAAUUUUCGGAACAAAGUAGUUUUUCCGGUCAAGAUACAGAAGUUGUGAGAGUAGAAAAGGAAAUUGCUCAGAAAUCACAAUCAUCAAGACUUGAAUUUUUAGAUCCACAUUCUAAAACAAAAUUCUAUUCUAUGCCAUCGGAAGGACAAGAAGAUUUGAAUCCAGAUGCAGCAAAAAAGACGCCAUUAGCAGCAAAAUCUACAGAAAAAAAAACUGAAAAGGUAACUCAAGCAAAUUCAACUUCUAAUAAGAAGAAAGGAGAAAAUAGUGUAUCUAAGAAUUUAAAGCCAUCGAAAAAUAAUCAACAGUUUGUAAAUAAUAGUUCUCUGAGUCAAGAUUUGGAAAUUCUUGAUGAACUAAAAAGUUCAAAUUUGGAUUCAACAAAUAAGAAAUCAUCUGGACAAAGGGCUAAAGGUAAUGAAGGUAAAAGCAAACAAUCAACCAAUUUGAUUUCUAAAAACAAAGAAAAGGAAGAUAUUCCUUUAUCAUUAUUUGAAAUACUUAUGGACUUUCUUACACGACUAGAAUCUGAUAUAAGGCAGAUAAAAAGAGAUAUCGCUCAUUUAAAAUCAAUGAUUGAGGCAAUCAAUGGAACUAAAAAUGUACAAGCAGAGAGUCUCGCCGAGCGCCAUGGUUUAGACUUACCGUUAAAAACUGAAUCAGACUUUCAAAAACUUGAAAAUUGUUUGGAGAGUAAUUCCUUUUCUAAGGAAUUUAAACAAUCACUCUUAAUGCUGAUAGACCAUGACAAUGUUCUUUCAAAAACAAUAACAAACAUUUUACGAAAAUACUUAUCUAGAGAUGUAGCCAUGUCAUACGUUGCGACGAAAAGAACCGAAGGAAAAAAACUCUUUAAACCCACCAUUUUUUGCAAAAAAAUGCAUGAUGUGAUCGCUUCAAAAAUGGAGACGGAAAGAAAGGAGUUCACUGAUAGAGCCUUUUAUCGAGCAUUAGGAGUAGUAUUAACAAAUUCGAAAGAUUGGAAAGGACAUAGGCAAUUAAGAAAAAAAGUCAUUGCUGAACUCGAAAUUCCAGUCCUCAACCCGGAAGAUUUAUUGAACAGAGAACCAUAGGACUGAAAGAAUAUGAUUUUCAGUACUUUAAGUUAAAAGUUUAUUUAAUAAACAACUCAAAAAUUUUUUUGUUUGAAAAAGAGGUUUAAUUUAUUAAUAAGUGGAAUUAAACCAUGCUUCUAUUCAAUAUCUUUAAAGUUAAAGUUCAGUUUAACUAAAAGUGUUUUUUUAAAUGAAAACUUAGAAGUGAUCUACAAUUAUCAUUUAAUCUUUAAUUUUUUUCUGUGAUAGAAAAUGCUUUAUUAACAGAUAAUUUCAAAGAUAAUAUAAAAAAUGUUAAUCUAAUUUGAAAUAUUAAGAAUAAUUUAGGCUCUUAAUUUAAGUACCGUUCAGACGCUUGGACCGCACUCAUUAAAGCCAGUUAUCAACAAUUUAUUAGUUUGUAAGUUAAAUAUUAAUUUAACAAAGCGAUAUUUUGGAAAAUGAGAACUAAAAAUGUGAUCACACAUAAUUUCUUAUUGUUGUAAGUUAAAAGUAUUUUUAAAGAAAUUAUUAUUACUUUUUUGUUUAAAAAAAGUUUAUUUAACAAGAAAUAUUUUUAAAAAAUUAUCAAUAAUUCACUAGUUUUUAAGUUAAACGACAGUUAAUGAAAAAAUUUUAUUUAUAAAUUCUUUGUUUGAAAAAGAAAAUUGUAAGAGAAAUUAUGGUAUUAAGAAAUACUUAU